CCUGACACCCUCGCCCCUCGGUCCUUUUCUUGCUUCCAUCUGCUCGUCCCUCGCCUGCCGUCUGCUGCUUGGGCCCUUCGUCCUGAUCCCAUCUCUACUCGCAGAUCCCCCCCUCCGUACACCAUGCUUCGUUCCGUCUUUGCAAAUCGCGCUGCUCUGCGCCCUGUCGGUUACCGCUUCUACUCGGCUGCCUCGAGUGCUGUCUCCCGGGAAGCUGAGCUUCGCCGUGCCAUCGAUGAGAAGCGAGCCGCUGCCGUUCUUGGCGGCGGCCCCAAGCGAAUUGCCACCCAGCACUCCAAGGGCAAACUCACUGCUCGCGAGAGAAUCAGCCUUCUGCUCGAUGAGAGCUCUUUCCGCGAAACCGACGCCUUUGUCGAGCACCAGUGCGUCGACUUUGGCAUGGCCGAUCAAAAGAUCACCGGCGACGGUGUCGUGACCGGCAGCGGUACCAUCAACGGCCGCUUGGUCUACGUCUUCAGCCAGGACUUUACUGCCUUUGGUGGCUCCCUUUCCAAGACCCACGCCCAAAAGAUCUGCAAGAUCAUGGACCAGGCUUUGCUCGUUGGCGCCCCCGUGAUUGGCCUCAAUGAUUCUGGCGGUGCCCGUAUCCAGGAGGGCGUCGACUCUCUUGCCGGCUAUGCCGAUAUCUUCCAGCGCAACGUCAUGGCCUCUGGUGUCAUCCCUCAGCUCUCUCUGAUCAUGGGCCCUUGUGCUGGCGGUGCUGUCUACUCGCCGGCCUUGACCGACUUCACCUUCAUGGUCCGCGACAGCUCGUACCUCUUCGUCACUGGUCCCGAUGUCGUCAAGGCUGUCACCAACGAAGACGUCACUCAGGAGGAGCUCGGCGGUGCCAAGGCCCACACCACCAAGUCCGGUGUCGCCCAUCUUGCUUUUGACAAUGAUGUCGAGGCUCUCUCCAAGCUGCGACAGUUUGUCGAUUUCCUGCCUCUCUCGAACCGCAGCCAGCUUCCAUCCCGCCCCACCGAUGACCCUGUCGACCGUUUGGACGAGGCUCUUGACCACAUUGUCCCCGCCGACUCGACCAAGGCUUAUGAUAUCAAGGAUGUGAUCGCCCGAAUUGUCGAUGAGGGCGACUUUUUCGAGGUCAUGCCUGACUUUGCCAAGAACAUGGUUGUCGGUUUUGCUCGGCUCGGCGGCGAGACCGUCUCGAUCAUUGCCAACCAGCCGCUCGUGUCCUCCGGUGUCCUCGACAUUAACUCCUCCGUCAAGGCUGCCCGCUGGGUCCGCUUCUGCGAUGCCUUCAACAUCCCUCUUCUCACCUUUGUCGACGUGCCUGGCUUCCUGCCCGGCACUGCUCAGGAACACGGCGGCAUUAUCCGCCACGGUGCCAAGCUCCUGUACGCCUAUGCCGAGGCCACCGUCCCCAAGGUCACCGUGAUCACCCGGAAGGCUUACGGUGGCGCCUACGACGUCAUGAGCUCCAAGCACCUCCGCGGCGACGUCAACUACGCCUGGCCCACUGGUGAAAUCGCUGUCAUGGGCGCCAAGGGUGCCGUCGAGAUUAUCUUCCGUCAGGUCCCCGACAAGACCCAGGCCGAGGCCGAGUACGUCCACAAGUUUGCCAACCCGCUUCCUGCUGCCCAGCGCGGCUUUGUGGACGACGUCAUCAACCCCUCCGAGACCCGCAAGCGCAUCAUCGAGGACUUGAGAAGGCUGAAGAGCAAGGACCUCAAGAACCCCUGGAAGAAGCACGGCAAUGUCCCCUUGUAAAUAGCACGGCAUGGCCUGCAUCGGCGGACGCGGCAGCGCCGUGCGAGGGGACAGACGAGCCGUCGUUCGGAAAGGUCGUUCUUUAGUGACGAAAGUGCUCCGAUCUGAUCCUGCCCGACAUGCUGCGCCUGGGCCCAGCUGUGCCGUUGGGUUCAAUGGCUCAUUCGUGGUUGGUUGGGGCUGUUCCAGCUUGCGGUUCUGUUCGCGCGUUCUUGCUUCAGCUUUGGGCUAUUUGUUCUCCUUUUUCUUUUCCCCUCUCAUUUUCUUUUCUUUGCUCAUCCUCACGAUGGAUUCUCCUUUGCCACUAUCCCGCCCUUCCUCCUCACUCUCUUCCAUCGCUUCUCUUGUUCACUGCGCAACAUUCGUACGGAAAGGGGAUGUCAGCAGCGCCUGGCAAUUUGCAUCCGGCUCAAUACAUGGUAUUCCACAUCGCUGCGUU